AUGCUGCCGGUACAAGGAGUUGAAGAACCUAAGGACAUCGAUACAGCAGCUUCUGUUGUGGCUGUUCAGCAGAUAGCAAUCGAAAAAGAAGAUAUUGAGGAAGAAUCUAAGUGUGCUAGCUCACAGAGUGCUGCUAUGACUAAACUAGAAGCUCUACGCAAGAAGAAUGAGGAAAAGCGCCGGCAAAAGAAGCUGGCUGCUGCUAAGAGUGAAGGUGCGACUGCUGUCAAGAAAGAAGAAGAACCAGCAAUGGAUGGAGCGGAUGUGUAUGUACCGAAGCCGAUCGUGAUGAAGACCGCCGAGGAAGUGCGUGAGCUGAGUGAGAAGACGAAGAUGUCGUACAAGACUACUCUUGUCACGCUCUCGCGAAAGCCCGAGAUCCAAAUGGCACGUAUGCAACUUCCAGUGUGCAGCUCCGAGCAGGAAAUCAUGGAGGCUAUCACUGAAAAUGAUGUGAUUAUUUUGUGUGGUGAGACGGGAAGUGGUAAAACCACGCAAGUGCCACAAUUUUUGUACGAAGCUGGUUAUGGCCACCCGGAUCACACAACAAAUAGCGGACGCGUCGGUGUCACGCAACCACGUCGUGUCGCUGCCGUCUCCACCGCCAAGCGCGUUGCUGAGGAGCUUAACGUGCCGUUUGGUGCGCCUAAGGGCCAUGUCGGCUACCAAAUCCGAUACGAUGCUGAACACGUGAGUGAACAUACGCGCAUCAAGUUCAUGACUGAUGGCAUUUUGCUGAAAGAGAUUCAACAAGACUUUUUGCUGCGUCAGUACUCGAUUCUUCUUCUGGAUGAAGCUCACGAGCGCAACGUAAAUACUGAUAUUCUGAUUGGUCUGUUGUCCCGCAUCGCUCCACUGCGAGCUCAAAUGUCGCGGGAGGAGGAAGAAGAGUACAAACUGCUGUCGAAAGAGGAGAAGGAGAUUGCUGGGAAGCCUAUUAAGCCCCUUAAGCUUGUUAUUAUGUCUGCUACCCUGCGCGUGGAGGACUUCACACAAAACCAUCGCUUGUUCCCGACUUCGCCACCUGUGCUUCGCGUAGAUGCACGACAAUACCCUGUGACGAUACAUUUUAACAAGCGCACGGAGCUGGAUAAUUACGUGGAAGAGGCUUACAAGAAGGUAGUUAAAAUCCAUAAGAAGCUGCCUGAGGGUGGUGUGCUUGUGUUCCUCACAGGCCAGCGAGAGAUCUUGCAAUUAUGUCGCAAACUCAGCCGUUCGUACUCUGUCGCUGCAAAAGACAAAAAGGCUGCGGCGCUGAAGUCUAGCCAAGCAUUUCGUGCACAGCGAAGGCAAAGGCAAGCGGUGAGUAGCAAGGACCAUCUUCUCCGAGAGCACGAUGACAUCGAAGAAGAGGCCGACUUGGAGGAUGCUCAAGUAUACGGCAAUGAAGUUGAUGAUGAAGAUGCAGCGUAUGAGCUGAAAGACGAAGAGGAAGCGUCUGACAAGGAAGAUGACGAAGAUGAAGACAUGAAAGAUGAUCUGGUAGUGGCCUAUAUGCAUGUGCUUCCGUUAUACUCUCUGCUCCCCAAUGAUGAGCAAAUGAAAGUAUUCGAUAUGCCGCCGGAGAACCACCGGCUGAUUGUUGUUGCUACUAACGUGGCGGAGACAUCGUUGACCAUCCCUGGUAUUAAGUAUGUCGUAGACGCUGGACGUACAAAGGAACGUGUCUUCGAUCUUGCCAACGGCAUUUCUUCGUUUGAUGUCCAGUGGAUUUCGAAGGCCAGCGCUGACCAGCGGGCUGGUCGUGCCGGUCGUACUGGUCCAGGCCACUGCUACCGCUUGUAUUCUUCCGCAGUGUAUGAUACAGAGUUCCAAAAGUUUUCUUCACCAGAAAUUCUGUGUCAACCUAUUGACGAUCUGGUGCUUCAGAUGAAAGCCAUGGGCAUUCACAAUGUUCUGCAAUUCCCAUUCCCAACACCUCCAGACCACCAGGCUGUGAAGAAUGCACUUGCAACGUUGGUGAAUUUGGGUGCCGUUUCUCCACGUGACGACGAGUCUAUCACUGGGUUAGGCCGUGCUCUCGUGAAGUUUCCGGUCGCCGCACGGUUUGCAAAGAUGCUGCUCCUUGCACAGAAGCUGAACGUUGUUGAGUAUACAAUUGCUAUCGUCGCCGGCCUUUCCGGCCAUUCGCCGUUCAUUCACGCUUUGGAUCGUCGUGAAAAGGAGAAGGGUGCAGAAGAUGAAGAGGUUGGCGAUGGAAAGAAAAAUGAGCUUGAAGAAAUGGAGAAGGAGUGGCAAGAGGCCGAGGAAAUGCGGAAGCAUGCGCAGUGGGUCGACCAAGAAAGUGAUGUACUGAGCUUACUGCGUGCCGCUGGUGCCUAUGCUUAUACUGGUGGCAGCAGUCAGUUUUGCCAGGAUAAUCACCUUCAUGAGAAGACGAUGCAAAAUAUGUUGAAGCUGCGCCAGCAACUGACGCGAAUUGUGAACAAGCUUUACACGGAGGAAGAAGGCUUUACAGCUGUCGUGCUCAAGCCUAAGAUGCCACCUCCCGACUUUGAGACUCAGAGUGUUUUGCGGCAAAUCGUGGCCGCUGGGUUCUUGGACCAAGUAGCAAAGCGUGUGCCAGCGGGCACUAUCACGGAAGGUACAAAGAUCGAGCGAAACUGCGCGUAUGUCGCUGCAACUGGUAAUGUGAGGGAGCCUGUGUACAUCCACCCUCACUCGUCUGUCUUUACGCCGAACCCGACCAAACUGCCAGAGUUUGUCGUGUAUCAGCAUAUCAUGCGUACUACUCGUGCGUACAUGAAGAUGGUGACUGCUGUUGAGCCGCAGUGGCUUGCGAGUAUUGGCAAAAACACACCGUUGUGCAAGUACACACCGCCGCUUGCGGAACCUGCACCGUUCUACGACACAGCAUCGGACGAGGUUCAGUGUUACGCGAAAGCUCAGUAUGGCAUUCAUCAGUGGUCUCUGCCAGCGAUGCGAAUUCUGUAUCCGGAUGAAGUGGCUUCGGAUGGUUUGGCUGGUAAGUAUCGAUGGUUUGCCAAAUUUUUGCUGGAUGGCCAGGUCAUUACUGGUUUGCUCCCGUUCUCGGCUGCUUUGAAGGAGUCAAGUCACACGUUGAUCCGUAAGAAGUUUGACAAGAAGAUUCAGCUGCUGGUUGCUAAAUUGCAGCGGAAUGGUGUCGCAUCACGUCGAGCACUUGUUGCGAAAUGGAGUACAUCCAAGGAUAAACAUUUUCUCAAAAUGGAACUGCAAAGCUGGAUAAAAGACACUCAUCAAGCUGCUUUCAAUCAAACCUGGGACUUUUUCGUCAAGACAGCAAUACAGAAUGAGAAGAAGAGGAACAUCGUAGCAAACUAG